CUUAUCCACCACACGUCCAAUUUGACAUUGUCUAAACAAAUGUAAGGCCAAAAAAUAUUCAACUAAAAAUCUGUUACAAAAUCCUUAAUAAUGUCUGACAUAGUAUUUCAUAAGAGCUGCUACACGUCCAGGAGUCCAGGAUACAAAUACCGGACAUUGGCCACUAACACUGGAGAAAAGAAACGAAGAGAUAGCAAGGAAGACAAUGUGUUCGACACAAAAUUCAAAGAACUGCGAAGAGCAAUCGUUUCCCGGGUCGACAAGCACUUCGGCGAGUCCCAACGCGCGCGUGAUUCGAUCUUCGACAAAUUCGACAAAAUCGACUCGAAAAUAAACACGAUGCUCGAACUACAAAAUACGGUGAAAGUGCUAAGGAAAAACCUUUGGGCGGCGGAAAAUAUCCUAGCUGAUGUGCAGGAGAAAGUUAAUAAGCUGUCUCUAGACCUAAACUCAUCUACCACUACCACCUUCACGGACUAUCCGAGGAAAGAGGAGUCGCUGAACGUUAUCAGUUCCACAAUAACGCAUAUCUAAUGCAACAUUACAUCUGCAUCCCCGAUGGUGUAUAUUAUAUACACCCACUUCUCGCCAGCUAUGUUUCAAUCCUAUGUAAUAUGGUAUAUGUGAUAGGGGCGAACCUGUUGCCAUUAUCCGGAUACAAGUCCUGGAAACCACGUUAUGUCAAUUAUCAAUGAUCCAAACAAGAGCUGAAACUCAUAAAAUUGAAUGCAAAAAUGUGUUAAAUACUGGUAAGUUACUCAUCAGAAUAGUAAUAUAAGAAUAACUUGUGCAGUAGUAGAUUAUGAACACCUGUACUACGACCCACUGCAGGACAAAUCGAAAGAAGUGCACAGGUCUACGAAGCUCCACUACGUAUUAGUGGCGAUUUAUGGCUUGAGAGAAAACGCUAUAUAAGCUUUUCAUCUAUACAAAUAUAUUCCCAAGUCUCUUUGGAUGAUGACAUUUUUACCUAUAUUAAAACUAAGCGCCUUUUAAAAUUUCUAUGGAAAAAUCAAAAAUGGAAUGAUGGCCUGACGGGUAAAAAAAUCUCUCAGCUUCUCAUUCUUUAUCCAGAGAGGAAACAGGGGAAUACA